AUGGUUUAUCGAGAUACUCACCUGUCACAUAAGAUUGCAGAAGAACCCGUUUAUUUACCUGACCUUCGAGUAAUCAAGAUAGACCAGAGUCUGUCUCGCUUUCUUUCCUUGCUUUGUAGAGUCUGUCUCGCUUUCUUUCCUUGCUUUGUAGAGUCUAGUCUGUCUCGCUUUCUUUCCUUGCGUUGUAGAGUCUGUCUCGCUUUCUUUCCUGGCUUUGUAGAGUCUGUCUCGCUUUCUUUCCCUGGCUUUAGUCUGUCUCGCUUUCUUUCCUGGCUUUGUAGAGUCUGUCUCCUUUUCUUUCCUGGCUUUGUAGAGUCUGUCUCGCUUUCUUUCCUGGCUUUAGUCUGUCUCGCUUUCUUUCCUGGCUUUGUAGAGUCUGUCUCGGCUUUCUUUCCUGGCUUUAGUCUGUCUCGCUUUCUUUCCUGGCUUUGUAGAGUCUGUCUCGCUUUCUUUCCUGGCUUUGUAGAGUCUAGUCUGUCUCCUUUCUUUCCUGGCUUUGUAGAGUCUGUCUCCUUUCUUUCCUGGCUUUGUAGAGUCUGUCUCGCUUUCUUUCCUGGCUUUGUAGAGUCUAGUCUGUCUCCUUUCUUUCCUGGCUUUGUAGAGUCUGUCUCCUUUCUUUCCUGGCUUUGUAGAGUCUGUCUCGCUUUCUUUCCUGGCUUUGUAGAGUCUGUCUCGCUUUCUUUCCUGGCUUUAGUCUGUCUCGCUUUCUUUCCUGGCUUUGUAGAGUCUGUCUCGCUUUCCAUCCCUUUUUUUUUCCGAGUCUUUCCUUUCUUUGGUUAUGGAGUCUUUUUUUUUAGCGGGGGGGUCUUUUUUCACUUGAAUAUAACUAUUUUAUUUGUGGUGUAA